AUGGCGGCCGGGGGAGUUGAGGAGGCGGAGAACACUUUCUUGUUGAAGAGCUCCGACGGAGCGGAGUUCCUGGUGUCCGAUCUUGAGGCAAGUCAGUCCAGGACAAUCCACAGACAGAUCGAGUGCAUGGUCUUCCAGAGGCAGAAGGCAUACGGCCUCAAAGACUCGGCCAUCCAUCUUGGCGUCAAAAGCAAUAUUCUUUCCAAAGCAGUUGAAUACAUCAAGAAGCACUUAGAAUCUGAUGCCUCCGGCGGCGGCACCUGGGGCGUGAAGUUCGUCGAUGUCGACCACGAGACCCUCUGCGAUUUCAUAAUUGCUUCGGACUACCUUUGCAUCCAAGGACUCCUUGAACUGGCCAGCCACACUCUUAAGAAUAAGAUCAAGGGGAAAUCGCCCCAGGAGAUUCGUACGAUGUUCAAUAUUACGAGUGGCUCCCCUCUACAACAGGAUGAAGAAGAUGUUGAUGGAUUGUGCGCUACCAUGGCUAUGUUGAACGAUUGUGAUUUUGAGGCUCAUGCGAACCGUGACCUCACAUUGGAGGAAAAGUCUUUAAAGGCUCUUGACAUAGUUCGUCGCCAAGAGUUCACUGAUUAUGACCCCAAACUCAAUGAUUUUAUGUGUACACGAUUAUGCUUGUUCAACAUGGCCUUCUUUGACAUCGACGAAGAGUCUACGAUCGGCCGUGGGCAGCUCCUUCAUCCAUGGCACGAGUUAAUUGAGGAAGAAUCCAUCAAUGUCAUUUCCUUGAAGAUAUGUGAAUCGGAUGUAGGCUUCCCGAUCAACUUAUUUGGUACUGUCAUUGCAAGGGAUGAAGUCGAUUAUAAAUGUGUUUAUCUGUUUAGACGUGAAGUAGAUGAUCCCCAGUUCAUCACCUCGCCGGAUGAUAUGUUAGCUUUGACGGAUCCGCGUCGAGGGCUUGUUGCGUCAGAUAAAAUUUAUUUCGAGAUCAAUCUAAAGAUUAAGACUGAUAGUGGAGCAAUUAAAGAUUUUAGCAAAGGACUUCUGGUUUUUAAUAGUGUUUGUCUCAGUGAGGAUGAACAGUCCAGGACGAGUUGUCUAACCAGUUGGCUGAGUGAUGUGGAAUUGACAUGUGCACACGUUCUAGAUCCCAUGGAAGCUACCAUUGCAAUCAAUUUGUUGAAGGGGCAAUGUAAUAUUUCAAGAGUGGAAGCUUGGACUACUGAAAACAGCGAGGAUCACAUGAUUCUUUAUGAAAAUAAAGCAGCAGGCACUCAGAUAGUAAUCAAUGACGGUGGUACUGUUCCGUUAACGCGUCGUGUAGUAGCUGUUCCGCUUGAUGAAAAGGUGGUGCUUUCUCUUGUUGGGGAUGACGAAAGUGAACCCCUUGUGCUCACGCUGGGGCAGACUGAUGAAGUGCAGGCUUGCAAGAUGGGUUGCGGCGAAUUGCAGGUCAAAAUUGCUUGGACAGCUAUAUCGGAGAGACGGAAAUAUAACAAGUGGGAGUUCGUCGGGGAUGAGCUCCUGAUGUUGUAAGCGCAUAAGGCUGUAAAUUAAUUUCCGGAUUUGUGCGUAUCUUUAUUUGGC